CUUGGUUUCAAUCAAACCAGGCCAUGACACGACUCUGACCAGCGCUCGAUAACGCCCCGUUAUACCGCAGAGACACCCGCGCUUCAUGGACGCCGAGGAGCUUCUUCGCGGGAUCACGCCCCUCGCGGGCGACGUGACUGCCAUCCGGACCGUGCAAGAAACGCGUCCGCUCGAAGAAUUCGCCGACGCAUACGUCGCGGAAGUCAAUGUCAAAAGCGCCUCGAAGGUGAUCAAAGCCCUGGACUCGUCUUUUCCCCGCGACCCGUCCCAACCGAUGAACCACCUCCGUCGCUUCGCAAAACACAACCAAGUCCCCGAGCAUCUUCGCCCUGCCCUCCUCCGUGACGGAUCCUCCCCGUCGCAGACCAUCUUCGUCCUGAUCUCCCCUCCCCUCCCCGAUACCGAGACCCUACAAAAAGUCCUCGCCCCUUUCGUGCCGGAGAAUGCCGUCUCCGAAGAGGGCGCCGUGCCCCUUCACCCCGUCCGCAUCCCCCUCCAACCACCCAUGACAACCGUCCAGGCCGACACGUGGUCGAAAAGCAUGUGGCCCGUCGUGUUCAACCCCGCCGCACCCCGAGCGAUGGUCGCUCCACCCCCACACGUCCUGAGCCGCGCCCGCGAGCUCAUCCAGCCCAACGCAGGACGGUAUCUGGCUCUGGCGCAGCAGAUGGCCGAGGUGGCGGAACAGUCGGGUCUAGGUCGGGGGGUGGGUGCCGUGGUCGUUGACCCGGACCUGGAGGCGGAGAUCGAGAUCGACGAGACAGACGAGGCAGGGAAUAUCCGCUGGGCGGACGCGGUGGUCGCGGUCGCGGGUGACGGACGGUACUCGCGUCGCGAGGUAGGCAUGGACGACCCGCCGCAACCGGGGACCGGCCCGAACCCCAAUAUCCAGACGUAUGACGCCGAUCGCGAGGGUGGCCCGGAGCUGCAUGCGCUGAUGCGCGUCGUGGAAUUGAUCUCCAGCAAGCGCCGACAGGACGGCCCCGUGUCGGCUACCGGUCGCCCGUGUCUGAAUUACCUGGAAACGUACUUCAUGGCGCAGUCGGAUGUCCCGGUGUCGGAGUCUCACGAUUCGUCCCCCGUGCCGGAGAAGUAUCAGAAGACCACGGAGACGGCCGCGCAUGCCAUCCACAAGGAAUCCGAGACCGAGGACGUCCCUGCGUCGCGCAUCCGUCCCCGCUCGCAGGGCGGCUACCUGUGUACCGACCUGGAUGUGUAUCUGACCCACGAGCCGUGUAUCUGCUGCUGCAUGGGUCUGCUGCUGUCGCGCUUCCGGGCGGUCAUCUUUCCGCGGGGAGGCCGGAUGGUGUCGGGCGGACUGGCGUCCGAACCGGUCGUCCAGCCAGUGCCGGUGGAGACUGAGAUCGAGGCAGAGGCAGAAGCAGAGACAGAGACGGAGGGUGAAGCGGCUGCUGAUUCUGCAGAGGACAAGAAGAAGGGAGCAGAGCCAGCCAAGUCGCGGGAGUACUACGGGCUGCACUGGCGCAAGGAGCUGAACUGGCGGGCGUUAGGGUUCGAGUUUGUAGAGGAGCGGCCAGUCGCGGUGCGCGCCGAGGAAGGCGUGGCUUUUCACGCCUGA